AUGCCAAUAUUGGGUGCAAAAGAAAUGUGGCAAAAAGCUGGUCGAUGGAAUGCUUUCGAAUCAGAAAUGUUUCAUUUGAAUGAUAAAACGGGUCAAACUUUCUGCCUUCAACCAACUCAUGAAGAAAUGAUAACAAAGUUGGUUGCCGAACAAGGUGAAUUGAGACAAUCUAUCUAUCCAUUAAUGCUUUAUCAAACGGGGCCAAAAUUUCGUGACGAGACCGUUGUUGGACAUGGACUUCUUCGUAGUAGAGAAUUUUUGAUGAAUGACUUGUAUUCCUUUGAUAUAACGGCGAAGAGUGCCUCGGACACUUACAAUCUCGUUAGUGAAACGUAUCGACGAAUAUUUCAUGAUCUUCUCGGCAUUAAUUUUUAUAUUGUUCGAGCCGAUGCUGGAAACAUUGGUGGUGAUAUGUCACACGAAUAUCAUUUACCGUGUGGGACAGGCCGCGAUAGUAUUGCUUACUGCACAAAAUGUAAUUUAGGUGUGAAUCGUGAUUUGUUGAAACGUGGUGAAAAGCCUUGCUGUUGUAGUCAAGAAUGUAUUUCGAUUAUUGAGACGAUUGAAAUAGCUCAUACAUUCCAACUGGGGCACCUUUUCAGCGAAAAAUUUGGGGCAAAACAUCGUGGACAAUCAUUGAUAAUGAACUGCUUUGGAAUCGGCAUUGGCCGUAUGAUAGCAGCCUUAAUUAACUCAAUGUCACCCAGUGUAAAAGCUCUUCGCUUACCGUAUGCAUUGACACCGUUUAAAAUAGCUGUUAUUCUGCCAAACAAAACUCAACCGGAAACGAUCGCAUUUGCUCAAAAUGUUAUUGAUAGUCUCAGUCAGAUAUCAUCUCUACGGGAUGAUAUUUUUGUUGAUGAUCGAUUGGAUAAUUCAAUUGGAAGGCGACUACUUGCAGCUGCAAAUCUAGGUAUUCCUCACAUAUUGGUAAUUGGAAAUCGGACUACCCGGAUGUUGAAUACCAAUCCAAUUAUGGAAUAUUAUAAAACAAAAGCUCAUAGUGAUGAACUCAUCAAUGUUGGAGAUCUUGAAUACGCUGAAAUUUCAAAACUAAUUGCAAAACUGUAA